ACCGGAAGUAGAUGGGAGUGUACCAUCUUACUCGCCACACUCUCUGGGGUCAGAGGUCAGGAAUGCUUUAGGUUUCCUGGCAGUAGCCAUGGUAGCAUGAUAAACAGCGCCCCUUUGUGGUAAGAAACACCCAAAGCAUAGCUGUCAGAAUUAAAAAUAUGAGUUUAUUCUGAAAAUGCAACGAUGAGAAUCUGACGACGGAUUUAGCACCGCGUGUAAUGGUGAGUAUUUCGGCUUUAGCUCCAUGGUUUGUCGUUAGCUGCAGCUACUGUGAUGCUAGCUCAGAGCUAGCUCUAGCUACCUAGCUCACAACAGCAGUAGCAUGGAGUGACUGCGUUGAGAGAGAAAACGCCAAAUCAUAUUCUUAUGUUAGAGUCCAGUCCAUGCACCCCGCUCGAGGACAACUUCAUCCUAAAAACUGCGGCCACAACGAUGACCUCCGUGGCAGAGACCACCUCCUCUGAACCUCCUCCGGGGCUGCACGUACCAGCCAGCCGAGAUGCACGCUCCAGGAGCCCGCGGCAGAGGCUCCGGAAGCUGCUCGCGGUGCCCGGGUACGACCCGAGCCGAGUGAACGACCUGCUGCUCCUCCGGCCUGACGCGGGCGGUCAGACCGCUGCAGACCCGGAGCAGGAGGCGAGCAGCAACGCGCAUGUGGUGUUUUUCCACGGGGAUAUUCAGAACUUUGAGGAGGAGAUGGCUCUGCAGCUCGAAGGGGCCCAGUGGCUCUCCUGGAGUCUGGAGCAGGUGGCCCUGGUCCUGGGCCGACGCUUCCCCCACCAACACGUCUGGGUGGUCCGGGCCUCCCGCAUGUACCUCCACAAGUUCAGCUGCUACCAGAACUUUGUGGAGAGCAACAUGUUCGGGGCGCCGGAGCACUCGCCCUACUCACCUGACACCGGAGUGUUUCACCAACUCAGGGCCCUGCUGAGCCACGGCAUGGAGCAAGCCAACUUACCGCACCCCCUUCAGCCACAAGGAGGCGCUGACAGCAUCCCCCCUGGGUUCUCCUUGACCCUGGUGGGCUUCAGCAAAGGCUGCGUGGUGCUGAACCAGAUGGCGUACGAGCUGGCCGGGGCCCGCUCAGACCUGAACAUGUCGCCCUUCGUCAGUCGCAUCUCGGACAUUUACUGGCUGGACGGGGGGCACCCGGGGGGCAGCGAGACCUGGGUGACCAACAAACGGGUCUUAAAGGAACUGGCUUCCUGCGGAGUGUCGAUCCACGCCCACGUGACCCCGUACGAGGUGCGUGACCCGAUGCGGGCCUGGGUGGGCCGUGAGCACGGGAACUUCAUUAAGACCCUGGAGGAGUUUGGGGCCCGUCCGAGAAAGAAGCUUCACUUUGAGGACGAGCCCCACUCCAUCAAAAACCACUUCAGGGUCAUUCAGGAGUUUUGAGUUUGGUUCCGAUUGGUCUCAUUCGCUGGUCUUACCUCAUUGUAACGGUUUAAGGGCUCAGUAUUUAGAGCAUGUAACAGAUGCUGGUGUGUGUGUCGCGUCCUGCUGCUAAAUGCACCUGUCCUGAGUCUGAUUACCCAGAAGCCUUUGCCCCGCCCCCUGCUGCAGGUAGGUCCACUAUCCUCCAUGCUUAGUGUAAACCUUUUACAUUUGAUUCUGGCUCAAGCUCCGUAGAAACAUGACCGAUGUGUGUUGUUUACUCGGCUUUGGCUCAUGAGGAGACCUUUCCUAAUUCCAGUUGCACAUGAUUAAGUGUAACAUGGUGAAUUGUUUUAAUUUCGGCAUUAUUUUUAACUGAACUUAAAGGUACAAUGUUGAAGAUCGCAGGUGUGUUCCUGGAUCUCAAUGUCACUCGUUCCAUUGGCUGUAGACGUCGCUCGUGUCUCUCUCCGUUCGGUCAAAGUAACCG